GAGCCCGACACUGUCUGCGUUGCCUCCUUCUACGAGAUUCACAACGAGCGGAUUCGAGACCUUCUCGCACCUGCUACACCGAAAGAAGCACCCGCCUGGCAGGACGGCGGGAGCGGUGGACAGCCGCGAAAUGGCCGCUCGCACAGCAAGACGACCGUGCACUUUCAUCCUCGGUUUGGUGCCUUCGUGGCGGGCGUUGAGGAGGUACCUUGUGACGAUGUGCAAGAGGCACUUCGUCUUGUCAGCUUCGGGUCGCAGGUCAGAACAACUGCCGCGACCAUGCUGAACGAUCGCUCGUCUAGGUCACAUGCGAUUUUCUGUCUGCGCAUGGAGCGGUCUACUUCCAGCAACAGUAUCAUGCUCGUGGACCUGGCUGGCCGUGAGCAGGAGCGGCUCUCCAUGUGUCGCACGGAGAGGUUUAAGGAGUUGACCCUGAUCAACCGAUCGCUCUUCCAUUUGGCCAGAUGUGUCCGGGAACUGGCAGCAUCCCAGGUUGGCAGUGGAACUGCUGGUGCCGGCAACAGUGCCCAGGGAAAGGACAGCGCUCAGUGGCAUCACUUCAGAAACUCAAAGCUGACGAUGGUGCUGGGCCAUGCCUUGGCUGGGAACUCGCAUACUGCCGUGGUAGGGACGGUCUCGCCAGCGCAGAUCUCCUUUGAGGACUCUCUUGCCACACUCAGAUUCUGCGAGUCCGUCAAGCAGGUGCGAACGAAGCCUGCGCUGCCGGUUUCUCACAGGGAGGAUGUGGUCAUGGAGUUGCAGGACGAGGUUAGGCGAUUGGAGCUGGAACUCCUGCGCGCGCGUUCGGGCCGUGCCAUCGUCGAACGGCAACUUGGCGAGGCUCAGGCCAUGAUGGAGCAUUAUCGGUGCUCCUGGAAGCAGGCCCUCGAAAUGUCCGGGCAUGCGGAGCUGGCGAAGGUCAGGAGAGAGGCCCAGGAAGCAGUUCAGCUGCCCGGUGUACCAUCCUUUGCAGCGAGUGGAUCAGGCAACUGGUCGCCCUGCUCGGGCACACCAGGCAGUGCCGAGGUCCCCCUGGCUUCUGCCACAGGUAGCGGCUCCGUCCCUGUGUCCCCCGCAGCCUCGCGAAAGAGCUUCUGGCCACUUGCCGAGGCGGGCACGGGGGGACCACCAGCCUUCAGCGGUGAAGAGGCAGCCGAAACAGUUGAUGGCGAUGCCGACGGCUGCAUCAGCCCAUCAGCCGACUCGCCUGGACACUUGAGUAGAACAACCUCGGCCGAGCCAAGGCAAGUGCCACCACUUCCUCUUAGCUUGGUGGAGGCCCAGGCCACGAAGACCACGACGGCCACGAAGCCGGCCGAGGCUUCGGCGCCUCGGCUGUCGAGCGUCUGUAGCGACGGGAGCAGCGAGCGACAUUCACCUUGCUCUCCAUCGCGCUCUGUGCUGUCGAGGCUUCGCUCCGUGGACUCGCCUACGGGGAGGGAUGCGAGGGAUGCGCGGAAUGCCGUGUGUGACGUGGACCGCAUCUUCUGGUCCCCACAGCCAGACACUCCGAGCCUGCCGAGCACUCCGCGUCUACAGACACGGCACAUCGGAUUUCAACAGCAGCAGCCGAGGAUACUGUUGCGGAGCAGUGCUUCAGCCCAUCCUUCUUCGUCAUCCACGGCUUUGCCUGGUUGCAGAGGGUUGCCACGUCCUUCUGUGGUGUAUGGCUUGACUGACGGCUCGCGAUCGACCGCUCCGCAAGUCGUGUCACGUCUUCUUGCCACCAUGGCGCCCGCGGAGCUGGCAGCGUGUCCUUUGCUUAGCUUGCCGGCGCCAGUGCCUGCGGAGAACGAGCUGAUGCGAGCCUGCGAGCAAUCGCUCGCAGAAGCCGAGAGGUCCAAUGAUUGGAGGAAGCAGGAGCUGGCAGUAACCUUACGGCACCUCAGGUCUCAGCUGAUAGACAUCAAUGCGGUUGCUGCUGCAUCUCGAGUGCGGCGUGCUACGUCACCCCCAGGCUCUGCCCCGUCGCCCCCAGCGGCUCCACCAGCUGCGGCAGCCACGCCGUCGCGGCUGAUGCGCACGGCGCCACAGACCCCGAGAUCUGGCACAAGAGGUGUUCACAGUGCUUCGCUGUUCCGCGCUUUGAGCCCUCCGCCUUCAACUCCUUCGAAUCCUGCAACACCUGUGGUGCAGAUGAGACCGUUUAUCCCGCAAGCUCCUGCGGCUCCUGCGGCUUCGGCGACGUCCCCGCCCACCCCGCGAGUCACAAGCCCAGCCCCGGUGGCCACAGUGCCUGCAGGAGUUGCAGCCACACCGGCCUUCUACACCGCAGAGGCAGCUGCUCUGAUGGAAGAUUGGCGUCCAGCACCGUGCAACCGCAGUGCGGCACCGUCAGUGCAGCGGAUGCGCGUGGAGGAUCUGCCACUUGCCACGGUCCCACCGCCAGCGUGGGUUGCGCCACUGGCCACGGUGCCUGUGGUGUCAGCUGCGCCUUCGCCUGUGGCUGCUGUCAGACAUGCGCAGCCCGUGGAAAUGUUCCCGAUGAGGAUACAGGAGUCACUUCCUGCCUCGUACCGCCCCGUGGUCUCUGAUGCGCCCAGCGUACCAAGUUGGAGCCGUGCAGCGGUGCAGACUCCGACGCCCUCGCGCCAAAUAGAUUCAGGAGCUUGGACUAAGGCGCCUUCUGCAGGUCUGUCUUCUUCGUCGGGCGUCUCUCCGUGGCUUUCCCCGAAAGCCGAGGACUUGCCAUGCCCUUUCCAGCCUCCCGAUGUGCUGGCCAGCUCAGGCUCGAAGGCCCUUUGUGUUCUGCCAUUGAGUCUACAAUACCUGUACAGUGACACAGGGCAGUGCAACGACAACCGCUGUCUUUUUGUCGGUAAUGUCGAGACCCUGUGGCCCUCCAGCAUAGGAAUGCCGAGUCAUAUCCAGGAUUCUAAUGUAAGCUACCGCCGACUUCGCGUCAUGGCGGCUGAAAUUGGCAGCGGGGAGCGAAUGGGAAGCGCAUUGGCAGCGAGCAAGAAACCGCCUGUAUUGACUGGAGAGGGAGGUUCCCUGAAGCCGGAGAUCUACUGCCUCGGUAUUCCACUGUCAUGUCAGAUCGAACUGGUAAUGCGGUUCCGGCAUAUCCUUCCCCGGAUCUCGGGCGAGUCUUUCACUCGAGCACCGCCUUUCCCCGUGGCUUGGCUGACUGGGGGAUUAGCAGGCAUCGAAGGAGUCGAGAAGCCUGCCAUGGCUCGAUGCCACCUGCCCAGUUCCAUCAGUUCGUGUCAGGUAAGGCUGACAUUACACAUUACAGUGUUCAGCCUCUGCGCUCGGCCCAUCUCAAUUGUGAAGCUGACUGUGCACCGAGCCAACUGUUCCGUUCUGGGUAUGAAACACGUGGCAAAUGCAGCAUCACAGCCACUGUACAAACUGAACGUGAUUGUAAAUUCGCCUGCGCAGCCUGCUGCUUGUUGCUUGGACGUGGCUUGGACUCUGCGCCGUUUCCGCGAAACGGAGGCGCUGUUGACCUGGGAUACCAUCCACUGGCCAUGGUCCAGGGUGCUGCAGCGGAAGGGUGAGCUGCCCUCUCUCCGUGCUGGGCGCCGAGAUGGCCACGGGAGGGCCUGGUUGGUUGAGCUGCGUCUUCAGACACGUGACGGCGCCGUUGCGAUCCCACUUCUCUCUCCCGUGCACUUCUUCAGACUGAGCAAGGAUCUUCGCCGCCACCUGGCCGAACUGGAAACAGCCCUGACUUGCCGUGAGGAUUGCUUGCUCAAGAGGUUCCAGUCGCUGCUGGAUCACCCCCAGGUUGAUGAGAAUGCUCCAUGGGCUGAACACGCCGAGCAGUUGCGAACACUUCUCAGAGGUGGGUAUCUGAGCCUGGACAGCAUUACUACCCGAGAGGGCAUGCUGGAUUUCUUCGCCAGUCACCGUGUUAUGGCGCGACAGGAGUGCCUCUCAUGCUGCUUGGGCAUCCGCAUGACAGUGCACUACAACUUGUUUUGCGGAACAAUCCUUGCCCUGGGGAGUGAUGAGCAGAGAUGUUGGCUGCAGGAUGCCCAAAGUGCUGGACUGCUGGGCUGUUUCAUGCUCACAGAGACUGGUGCAGGUGUCCUCAGCGGUUUGGUUGUGGAGACGGUGGCCAAGUGGGUUUGGCUUGACGAUGAGGGACGAGGAGGCUUCGAGUUGCACACCCCCACCCCCUCGGCGGAGAAGACCUGGAUCUCGCAGGGAUUGGCCGCCGACUAUGGGCUUGUAGUUGCUCAACUCGUCACUGACCAGAGGUCUCUGGGUGCCCACGUCUUCCUCGUAGACAUGCGGUCCGCAGGAAUCUCGCGAGAAUGCAUGGGAGAGAAGACGACCUUCAAUGCGCUUGACAAUGCUCGAGUGUCUUUUAAUCAUGUGCAGCUUCCUGCGACGGCCCUGCUGUCAAAGCUCUGCAAUGUACAGUCACGCUGGAGUGGACAAAGCUGGGAGGCGGAGUAUGUUUUCGCAGGCAGUCGGCCUCCGACUUUCAUUCAGAUUGCCCAGCGCUUGCUGUCUGGGCGCAUGUGCAUUUCUGACUCAGCGAUCACCUACUUAGAGGGUGUCCUGGGAGUGACGAAGAACUAUGCGGAGGGUCGCCUGGUGUGGGUGGACAAGGAGCGAAAGAUGCCCUUGGCAGACUUACCCUACAUGGCGAAAGGCUUGGAGAGUGUGGAGGCCGUGCUGCUGUCUGUAGCCUCGCAAAUAGCUAGGCAACCAGAAUCAGUGGAUUUAUUUAGUGUGAAUCCUUCUGUCCAGCAGCGAACAAGCGCAGUCUGUACUCGCUGCCGCCUCUUGCUGUUCUUUGUGGUGGUGGUGGUGGUGGUGGUGGUGGUGGUUCUGAUCCUUGCUGCCGCUUGUGUCACUGCUGUCGUCGUUGUCGUUGCCAUGGUUGUGAUUGUGUCUUGUGAUUUUGCUCUUGUUGCUCUUUUUGGCAAGGUGGGCCUCGCAGUCCACAAGGCACUCAGCUAUGGGCUUGCGGAGGGCUGGCUGGGAGCUUUCCUGCUGCUCGUGCAAAGUGACUUUGCGAAGGCCAUUGAGUCCAACUCGGAGCUCUCGCGCUCAUUGGUAACGCAGAUCGCCGCAGCAAAGGUUGAGGCGGUCGACUUUGCAAUCAAGUCCCUGGCGCUGCUGCGUCGGGAUGUCGGCUCCUUUGGCCUGAUGGCCACCUCGCCGUUUGGGUCCAGCGACAUUCUGCUGUGCCACCUGGCCGUACUCAUGCCGACUGUCAGCGUGGAUGUAUGCUGUCGAUUUGCCGAAGGAGACAGCCGGGUCUUGCAGCAAAUGGUGACCCGGGACCUGGUGCGCGCUCACUCCAGGUUCUCGGCAGUGCUUCGGCUGUUCUGGAGAGUGCUCAAGGCCUGGCUGUCAGGGGCGCCCCAUGGCUCGGCCAAGCUCCGCUACCUCCGGGACCAGCGCCUGCUGCAGCUUCUCUGCGUCCUGGGCAAGCAGCACUGGAAGAACCGCCGCUGUGGAGUCUCGAAGGCUCAGGCGGAGAGCGAUGCUUGGCUGCAGGCCGGUGAGCUCGUCUAUGAUGUGGCGACCCUUGGCUUUGCAUCGAGCACUUGUCGGAUAUUGGAGUUGGCAGUGAUUCGACAUGGUGGUGGCGCACUGAGGGCAGCGCAAUUGCAUGAUUUGGAUGCAAAUGGUGCGAAGACACAUGCCCAGCAGCUCAUCCACAGCACUGUGGAGGAAAGGUGUGGCAGGAGUGUCGAAACUGACAGGUUCAUGGACAUGUGCCUCGGCAAGCUGGGUUUUCUGUAG